AUGCGCACCAUUCCUAUGCUCUCAUCUCUUCGCCACAUGUUCAUCAAGCUCCUCGUCCCGGAGGCGUCCGCAAACAUCGUCGCGUACUGCCCAAACCUGACGACGCUCGAGUUGGGUUGCCAGAUUAAAGUUCGUAAAUCAGUUGAAACGGAAGAGGACGACCCUGCGCAUCUCUCGCUGCUCACCAAAGACGCCUGGCCGUCCAUCCACGAGCUUGACUGCUCGAGGCGGUGGUCAACUUCGUUCACGGACUGUCUUGGACGCGCGGGCAAAGUGACGAUCCACGAUGCGCACCUGGACCACCACGAACACUACCUCCCCAUCCUCAGAAAGACCCGACCGUUCUUCCUGCGCUUGAUGAACCUCAGAUGCAACCUCCUGGACCCGUGGCCGUCCAUGGACCAGUUCGAGACGGAGCAAGAUCUCGUCAAGUACGCAUGGAAGGAAGUGGCGAACACGCUUCCGCAGCUACGGUCAUUGGUGUUGGGUUUAUAUCACUUCGAUUUAACCGUUGAAUUUGUGAACAUGCUUCUAGACGCGCUCCGCCCUCUCCCCCUCGCGCACCUUUCACUCCACGCUCCCGAAGGACCGGUAGUAAAGGUUACUUAUAGAAUCAUCAUGGCUAACGAGAACAAAAGGCGUACCGACGAAGUGCGCCGGGUCGACACCCUCCGCGCACUCCCAGACAUCCUCCCACGCGCCCUGCCGCACCUGCGGGUGUUCUCGCUUCUUGGGUGCAAGACGAUUCUGAAAAGUACGGAUCGACGCGGCGGGCGGUCGGUGCAAUUACGGGAGUCGGGUUUCUACGCAGCGAUCGAGGCGCAGGACGCGGUCGACGAGGAGUGGGGAGAGAUGAGUUCUCAGGUUGACGAGCAUCUGCGCGAACUGAGGCAACGAGCGGACGGACGGCGGGGCUUCGGAACGAGCGGUGGUGGGAGUGACGUCAUCGUCAAUAGGUCUCAACUCGUUCUCGCGUGCGCGCGUGUCUGUCGUAACUUCAACCCUCAGAGCGAAUCGUCUCCUCAGAUCAGUUCGCCGAGUGGACAAACCCCAACGUCCCAGCUCGAACUCCGGCAUCCGGCUGUUCAGCGUCCGCACUGUCAUCUCUCGAACCGCCGCGCGAGCGCGCUGAGGUUGAGCGCGGCGAAGAAUCGUCCGGGGCGGACGGCUCGCGAGCUGGUGUGGACCGCUUCGCGUGAACUGGAGGAACGCGCCGUGAAGCGCGAUGCUGAGCACCGGGAAGCGCCGCAGCCCGCGGAUUGCAUUGAUCUAGCUCUCCUAUAUAUGCGCGAUGGCCGACGACGGUGCACCCAUCCGUACAUGACCGGGAUCUCCAAGCACUCGACGCGCGCCGCGCCGGUUUGCGCAGCAUUCCCGCUGGUGGGGGUCCAGGACCCGGGCAACUCCACCAAAGCAUAUUUGAAUGUAUGGUACAUGGGUACAAUACGGUGCCCCGAGGGUCAUUUCAACAUGACCCGCACCGUCACCCACGCAAACGUGUACACCUUCCAUAGAAAACCGCGUGUUAUGUGCGCCAAGUGGAAGCGCAGACGCACGGAAUGGGCGAGCGGCGAGACCAGGAGGUACUGGUAG